AAAAAUGGCGGCCAUGUUUGUUGUGAAUAAGUUUUUGCAAGAUUAUGAGUGACUUUGCAGACAAACUUGCCUUUCCAAGGCCUGUUUCGGCUAAGGAAAAAGGUAAACACCAGCUGUACUCGCCUUUUGUGAGUUGUGCAAGGUUACGGAAGGUGCAGGAGCUGUUAAGGUGCGAUAAAAAUCAACUUUCCAAGAUAGAUGGCAUCCUCUGUAUACUUGGUAUUGAUAGCAGGUACAAUGGUGGAACCAAAAGCCUUCUCAACUACUUACUCUUUGGCUUUUGUAAACUCACGCCAGUGGAUUUUAGUGGAAGUAAAAUUACAGAAGAGGAGCUAGAAGACAUUCUGGUUGUUGUGAAGGCAGGAAGUGUUCAUGUGUACUGUAAUCCAAUCAACUAUCCUCUGCUGCUGCCACGCAUUGCACAUUGGAGGAAUCUGCAUGUCCACUGCCUUGACAAGGACCUGUAUAUAGAUAAUGAAGAGAAGGCUGAAGAAUUCAAGAUUCUAAGUUUCAUAUCCAUGGUAGAGGGGUGUGAUUGUCUUGGUAUACCAUAUGGAGUACCCACCCCUGGUGAUCAGCAGCCUUGUUUUGACCCAUUUGUGUUGGAAAAAUGGCCCCUAAUUCAAGCAUUUGCACUGGAGGGUUUUGGCAGUGGGGGAUUUUUCACUAUGAAGCACAGGGUCAGUGAUGUCACUCAAGAACUGGACCAGAUUUAUGGCUUGUUGGACCCUGUGGCUGUAGAAACCCUUAUCACGGAGACUCUUCCUUUGUUUGAACGUCAUUGUAAAUCCAUUCUUUCAAAUGUGGAUGCAGAGAGCCCAACUGAGCUUCUUAAAGUAACAGAGAGAAGUUUGAGCGAGCCCAUUGUGAGUUACUUUACUCAUGGACACAUUGUCGACAGGAGCAGUGCUAAGAGUUCCCCAGAAGAUUCUCAACCUUUUGUUUUCCUGGGAGCCCACUCCACAAGAAAAAAUAUACACAGUUGUGAAAAAACCACUUCUAAUAAUAACACUGCAAUUGGAAAUAGUGGCAUUAAUGGUGCUCCUGCUAAACAUAUGGUCUCUUUUGCUGUGGAACCUAAAGGAAGAAUAACUUGUGCAAGAACAUAUUUUCUACGAACUGAAUGUGCAUUAUGUUCAGUGAGCGAUGCAGCAAAGAAUGAGUCAGUUAUGCAUAGUAAGGACUUGAGGCUGCUAAUGGAACUUUAUCUUCUGUCAAUUAAUGCUGUGUUGGAAGGAGUCAAGACAUUUUCACAAACAUUUAAUGAAAGAAAGAGUUACUCAAGUGUUCUGUCAGAGCUCAAGCGAGGUUUGGAAGAAAGACAUAUUGAAGUGAAAUCUUCCUUUUUAUCCAACAAUGUGAAGUUUUCUGUGGAAGCUUGUGAUUUUUAUGGGAGGAGUGUUGAUUUACAUGAGGAUAUACCAAUCUCUGGUAUUAAAAAAGCAUGUCUGUAUUUGUAUGACAUACCAAGUAUAGAGCACCCUGGGCAGAUCUUGGGUUCUGUGGUGUUUGGUGAAUCUUUCCUUGACUCUGCCAUAAGGACACUUGUCCCAGAUGGGUCACACUUAUGGGACACCUCGUUUGUUUUCCUGACAGAAAACAUCCCCAGAUUUGUUACAUGGCAGGGGUAUGGCAAAGACAGACAGAUUUCUGAGGAGACUGAGUCAUUUGCCAAGUCAAAAGCUGAUAGCGAUGUUUUAGGAAAACAGUUACUGUGCGGUAACCAAGUUUUUAUUUCAAGUUUGGUGAACAGUUGGGAAACAGGUUCGCUGUUUAUCUAUGAGCAAGGCUUUGUGUUUGUUCAUCCCAGAACUGGUUCCAUUGUGCUACAAACGUCCAAGAUAUCUAAACUUCAGUUUUAUGACAAGGACACGUCCUGUGCUCUCCUGAUCAUUUCAUAUCAUCCCAGUUCAAAGGAAAGUCUACCCUAUUACCUUACAGCCAAACAGAGUCAUGUGCUAUUGGCUCUCACGCCUCGUUCCAGAAUUUACAGACAAUUUUACUCUGAUGUGAUCCGCCUGUGGAAGGAAAGGCAGCUGCCAAACUUUCCACAAUUUGAAACUGUUGACGAUUUGCCCUACGAUUUAAAAGAACAGCACGUGAAUUUGCAACAUUUGUUAAAGCUUUCAAGAGGAUCGAAUAUACAGGAUCUAUCUACAGCUGAAGUCCUGCUAACAAAUUUAAAAGGUUUCCUGUGUCAUUGCUCCGUGAGCAGUUCGUUUGGUAACACGCCUGUUAUGUGUGAUGGUUUACCUGUGAUUCUAGGAAAUAAGCGCGUAGAACAAGGGAGGCAGUCAAGGGAUUUUGAGUUAUUAUUAACCAUCCUUACUGGUGUCCCUGGUAGCAGUAAAGAGUCUCUGUGUUUAGCUCUUGUAGCACUUGCCAAGGAAAACAGCAAGUGGAUAAUCUUACAGAGGCCAGUCAGUAAUUCAGAUACUUUUGACCCUAAAGUUUUACAAGAAUCACUGACCACAACUUUGUCAAGUCAGCGACGCCUGCAUGCCAGGCUCUCAGCCAGCGGUAGACGACUGCGAGUAAUUGUGGUCACACCAGGGUUCACUGAUGUAGCAGAGGUUAUUCAAGCCAUAAGGACCCACCCUGAUGCUGAGAUGUCCAAGUGUGUCAAGAUUGGUGCUGUCACAUGCUGUGUAGACCCGCUUAAUACCUUUAUGGAGCACAGACUGACAUUGCCUAUGCUACUGGAACAGUGCGCUCAAGGCUGGGUUAACAAUGUUGUGUUUACAAGCUGUUUGGAGCCUCAGAAUGAGCAGCUCAGCUUUGUCCAGAAACUGGUGCGAGCUUGUAACCCGGAUGUGGCUUUUAUUCUCGCUAAAGGAGGGGAAGUUACAAGGACACCUGAUGUUGAGUUAAUUCUGUCAGACAGUGCAUUUGACGAGGACAGGAUGGUACAGAAGAGAGAGCUAAUGUGUCCCGGCUGGUCUUUGGGUUUGUUUUCAACUGGAAUGACAGAACCGCAAAUUAACGAGAUUGGUGUGGCAUUCUAUGGACCACUAAGCAGGCAGAGAUUUGUUUCGAACCUUAAAGCACUCCAUGGACCCAUAUCAUCCAAGGAGAUACAUUCAACAGGGGCAAUUCACAGCCUACAAGGGCAUGCCUGUUUCUCAGAAGAAGAUCCUGAUAAAAAGGUACACGUUCACUGGUCCCGUCUGAAUGGAUUGCUAAAAAUGAGCCCCGUAGACAGCUCUGCUAUUCCGCAACCUCCUUCAGCAAAGGCCCAACAAAAUGGCACUGUGGAGGGAAUCCACGAGUACUUUAUCGUUUUCACUGGAUUUAGUCUUCAAGAACAGGUUUUAAAGGACUGGCUCAAAACCUGUUGUAAACCGGCACCAGGGAAACAGAAGUUAAAAACGCGCGAGGAUCUGUCAGAGAAAGAAAUAGCCAACGUUGGGUCCAAGCACAAGUUUGAUCCACUGCCUCCAGGCUGGUUUUACAAUGGCCUACAUUACGUCAGUCUUACUGGAGACAAGGAUUACAAUCAUCCACUUUUGGGAACAUUCAUAGACCGUUACUUGUUAGAUAUAAACGAAGAAAUCACGAGACAGAACUCUCAGUCAGAUGGCCAUCCUCCUGUUGAUAUAUUUUCCAAGCAAAAGGGCAGCUGUUGAUUUAUCAAGUGUGUUGGUUCUGAACUGAAAUGAUCUGUUGACGAUUUAAUUGCACAUGGCUGUUACCGAUAGUUUACUAUUUCAGUGACUGAUUUGAAAUAUAUUUAUUUAGUUUAAGACGUAUUUAUAUUACCGUUCGGAUAUUCUUAAUCGGUUCUCGAUAAAAGUUCUAAAAACCUUUUUAAAAAAAUGAAAAAAGAUAGGAGAAGAUUAACCAAAGAAACAAAAUCUCUGAGGGACGCCGACGUGUGAACAGACAAAUAAAUGAGUAACAUUGAAAUAAACACUUAUAACACAGUUAUAAGUGUUUAUUUUAAUGCUUUGAAUCUUGAGAUUCAUUUUCUUCACCACCACCCCCCCCCCACCGGUUUUAAGGAGUGAGCACGCUUGAUACAAUGUAGGAGUAUUUUGAUAUCUAUCUAAAGUAUUUUUGCCAUUCUGUACGAAUUAUCCUGCUGACGUUGACGUCUCUUAUAAGCAGGCUUAAGUUGUGAAGUGUGAACAUUGCAAUAUUUCUUUGGUAUUCAUUAAAUAAUUAUUUUGACCAUGUGGCAAAUGGUGUUGUGAGUUGUGAAUGGCUUGCAGUGCAGUAACAUUUAGUUGAUGUAUGAUUGGUCAAAAAAUAUGAUGCUACUUUCUCUAUUAAUCAAAUGGAAAACUAAAUGGCGACUUGGCUCAGCACUAGCGUUUUCCCGCUUAAGGUUGUUUUCUUCGUUUCCUCUGAUUUUUCAUUGGCUUCUUUUGAAAUUGUCCUUUCUUGAUUAGCCGUUGUGAUAAGUAUAGUUUUAUACACACGACAUCCGUGGAAAAGCUCAAUUUUUUAUCAUCAACAAAGUGGAAACAAGGCCGACUCAAGGAACUUGCAAAACUUACCGCAGGCUAUAUGAUUUCGAGUGGGAGAAGGCCUCUUUCUUAUAUAUCAAUGCACGAGAAUGCAUUUAAAAAGGCGGUAGCUAAAAAAAACAGAGUGUAUGUGGGUAAUUACCUUCCGCAGCAUCCCUCUCAAAUUAGUUAUCAUGAUGGAUCGCGGCUAUGCGGGGCCAAUCUCAAACCCUAGUCCCAAACUAUCUUGGUCCUACUCCAUCCGCAUUCGGGUACAGCCUAGGCAAGAGCCAUUUUCCUUUCUGGUCCCCAGUCUCCAUCUUAUCUUUUCCUCUCGUACAAUGCAUCUUGGGUUAUCUGUUGCUUGGACAGGCGCCAUCUUGGAAUAGCGGAGUUUUCUCGUCGUAACUGGGGUAAAGAUGCCGGUCAAUGUGAAUCCAGCGAUUCGGUUUUCAAGAUAUGCUGCUCUUCUCAUUGGUGUGGCAUAUGGAUACAGAAGAAAUGAGUACCUCAAACCUAUAGCAGCUCGUGAGAGAGAAGAAGAAGCUGCAAGGGCCAAUGAGAGAGCAGAGCUUGAGGCAAUCAGGAAAGCUGAAGCUGCUAAAGUUCCACUGUUUUAGAUGGGCCAUCUAUCUUUUUAUGAUUGUGGAGGGAUGUGGAGUAUCCAUUCAUGACAUUUUGUCAAACUUUUGGUGCCAAUUUAUUCCUUUAUGUUGUGUGAUGUUAAUUUUGUAAGGCCAUAAUACUCUGUACUUGAUAAUACAAUGUCAAUAAAUGUUUUUGAAAUUAC